AUGAUAUACCAGAUCGAUGCAUUACCGACAUUAAAAGACGUGCCAGGUGCGCGAAACAAACCAUAUGAAAAUCCACUUCUGGUGGAAGGUGAUAUGCGCUUUCCUGUUUCAUCGGGACCAACAGGCCGUGGAGUAGCACGUAUUGGUACGUCAGUAAAAUGGCCAGAUGGAAUUGUACCGUACGAAAUUAUACCAGGCUUUGGUAUCGUUAAAGAAGCAUUUAUUGUACAGACUAUGCGAAAAAUGGAACGAUUAGUUGCAAUCAAUAAUGCGGCAUGCAUUCAGUUUCGCCCGAAAACUUCAUCUGAUGUUUAUUAUAUCACAAUUGAAAAUGGAUAUGGAUGUUCAUCAUAUGUUGGACAAAAUUAUGGUGUAGUAAUGACUCGUACAGUAACACUACAACAUCCAGGCUGCGUUUACGAAGGUAUUAUUAUGCACGAAUUAUUACAUGUGUUAGGAAUGGAAAAUAAUUUUGUGAAAUAUAAUAAUACAGUUGUCAAUACUUUAAAUACGCCGUACGAUUAUGGAUCUGUGAUGCAUUAUGAAUCAGAUGCUUUUUCUGCUAAUGGUUUACCCACAAUUGAACCACUUAAAGCAAAUAUAUCUAUUGGACAACGUGUCACUUUAAGUGCAAUUGAUAUACAAGAAGUAAGAUCAUUUUAUAGUUGUCCUUCAACUGGUGUUACAUUACCACCUAUUCCUACGACUACUAUCGCAAAUUCAUAUAUGACCAAUACGACAAUUUCAUCAUUACUGACAACCUAUACCCAACAGUAUACACCUUAUUUUAGCUCGGGUAAAUAUCAUUAUUAUGAAACAUUUUAUAUAACUGUUCCUACAUCUGGUUAUUAUAUGUUUAUGAGUAUAAGUAAUAUUGAUACAUACGGUUAUUUUUAUUACUACACUUUUAAUGCGACAUAUCCCUAUACGAAUUUAUUCGCAUAUGAUGAUGAUGGUGGUGAUAACGGGCAAUUUAAGGUGACUAUACCUCUUCUAAAUGGUAUACCUUACGUCCUAGUCUUUACAACAUAUGAUCAAUCUACUACUGGUUCAUACACAAUCGUUGUAUCUGGACCAGCAAAAGUGAAUAUUGUUCGAACAAGUAGUAAUUCAGCAGUACCAUCAAAUAGCACAGUAACCGAUCCGAAAAAAGUCAUUUCAAAGUACAACAGUGAAUUAAAUAACAAUAAUCCUAUCUACAAUCAACUUACCAAGUCCAAUCUGUUUUAUUAUGAAGCCAUCAGAAUUACUGUAUCCACUUAUGGCUUUUAUAGCAUUAAAAGCAAUAGCGAUGUUGAUACAGUUGGUUAUUUAUAUUACAACAGCUUUUAUCCAUCAAACAUUUCACUCAAUAUACUUUACUAUGACGAUGACAUGGCAGAUAAUGGACAAUUCUUAAUGACGUAUCAAUUGCCAGACAUGCUUACAUAUGUGCUAGUUGUUACUACAUAUGCUCCAAAUAUAACAGCACCUUUCUCGAUUAUUGCUUCAGGACCAGGAGAAGUCACAUUCAAUAGAUUGACUGUCAUAGCUUCAACCACAACUACUACUGUCACUACCAGCACAAGUACGAGUACUACCAGCGCUGGUACUACUACGUCAACAACAACAACGACAUCAGCAACUGCAACAACAACAACUGCUACAACAACAGUAUCAACUACCACAGCAACAACUGCAACAACAGCGACAACUGCGACAACAACAACAACAACAACUGCUACAACAACAGUAUCAACUACUACAGCAACAACUGCAACUACUACCACGACAACAACUGCAACAACAGCAACAACUACGACUUCAACUACAACAACUACUACUACAUCAACUGCAACAACAGCAACUACUACCACAACAACAACUGCAACAACAGCAACAACUACGACUUCAACUACAACAACUGCAACAACAGCAACUACUACCACAACAACAACUGCAACAACAGCAACAACUACGACUUCAACUACAACAACGACGACAACAACCACUACGACUACAUCAAAAUCGUCAGCAACUUCGUUCAUUUUACAACAUGGUAAUCCUAUUACGAUCUAUCUUCCUGGCAUAAUCACAAUUGGAUAUGUUAAAUUUCAAAUUUUAUUCAAAUAA